GGUGAUGAAGAAGGAUCAUUUGAUUCAAUCAAUAGUUCACAUAUCUCAACAAAUGAACUGGCUAGGGAAAAAGAGAAGACAAGCACAAACUCAAUUUCUCUGCUCAUUUUGCUAUAGCUCCUUGUUUCAAUACGAUGCAAGUGGAUAUCUAACAAACCGGGGAAGCAUUUACGCUUUCUCGGCUGUUAAUGUAAAUUGGGUUGCCAAAAUGGCCGAUUUUAAAUUCCCGAUAGAUGAACCAAAAUUUGCUACUUAUCCGAUAUUUUGCACCGAGGUUUCGGAAUACCAGGAUUUAGAAGGGAAAAGCGAAGGGAAGCUGGAAGAUAAUAAGAGACAAAGAGGAAAUGGAGACAAAUGA